AUGGGUGAACAGAUUAGGUCGAUGCAAGAUUUUAAAUAUACUACAGAAAUUGUUGAAAUACAAAAUAUAAAAAUUGAAGCAGAGAUAAUUGACGAUGAGGUUUGUUUUAGAGAAAACGAUUAUGUGUCAUCAAACAAUAUGUGUUAUGUGUCUACAAUAUAUGACAUAAAAAAUGAGCCGAUAAGUUGCGAUCUUGGUAUUAAAACACCCUCAACUAUAAACUUAACACCUCCUAAACAUAAGGUAAUAAGCUGUAAAAAAAAACAAUAUUCUUCUCAAAACAAACUAUCAGUUAAAAAACUAUUUAGAUGCAAAAUUUGUGAAAAAUCAUUUUCACAGAAAGGAAACUUAAAAACUCACAUUUGGAUUCAUAUGCAAGAAAAGCCAUACAAGUGUUUUAUUUGCAACAAAUCUUUUUCACAAGCAUCAACUUUAAUUACUCACAAAUUAAUCCAUAAUGUAGAUAAACCAUUUAAUUGUGAUAUUUGCAAAAAGUCGUACGUUCAAAAAGUAAAUUUGAAAACGCAUUUGAUGUUUUAUUUGAGUAAA